AUGCCCCCUCCUCCCCCUGCGCUACCCACUGCGCCCCUUCCUCCAGGCUCUCUUAACCCCGCACCACCCACCGCUCGAUCCACCCCCGUCCCCCGCCCCUCCUCCUCUCUCUCUCGACGGGUGCUUCCGGUGCCUGUCAACGCGGCAUUUCGUCAAAGACUGCCGCGAUCCCGUUCGGUGUCGGCGAUCCGGGCACCGCGCGCGCUCCCGUCUCUGUCCCAUGGCGCCUCCCACCCCCCGGUCCACCGUCCCCACCACCGUCCCCGCCCCCGCUUCCUCUCGCCCCAGUCCUCCCCCUCCACCACCUCCGCCUCUCCGCCUGCGCGCUCCGACCCCCUACCCUACGGCUUCUCGACGCCUCGGUGGCGCCCUCCGGUGCUGCAGCCGCGACGUCUCGAUGCGUCUACAGAUGGGACUGGCCGCGCUGACUCCCCCCCUCCCGCCCGCGACAUUUCCAUCUCCGCCGUGGUCGUCUCGCCGCCUCACCCCCUGCUGACGGGGGCGUGGAAGACGUUUGGGGCCACGCCGAGCCGGUGGAGGACCGUCCGUCCCCUCCCCCGGAGCAGCUCCUUGACUCGCUCGUCCUCCGAGGGGACCGUCGUCUCCUCCGGCGCCCCUUCCUUCGGCAACGACUCCGACAGGCCCAGCUUCGUCGAGGUUUUCAUGCCCGAGGGGUACUAUGAGGCGGCUCUACGCCUCGCGGUCGUCUCCAUUGAGCCCCCCUCUGCCUUCAUCAACGCCACCGUCGCGGUUCAGACCGUCCUCGCGCGUGAGCUCGGCCACCUCUCGGUCGACGUCGUCCCCUCUUCGAUCGGCGUUAUGUACCUCCGGUUUGCCUCCCACGCUGACCGGGAGGUUGCCAUGCAGCGCCAGCAGCGUCAGCCCUUCCUCCACGAGGCGUGCGCGUUGAGCUGCACCGCGAGGAGGAGUUUGGGCGGGUGCAGCAGCGCGCCCGCUUCUGUGUGCUCCUCGCUGCUGCCUCCUUCCCCACCGAAUUCCUCAACCCCGCGGGCCUCCGUGCUGCAUUUUCCUCCUUCGGCAAGCUGCUCGAGGUUGAUCCUCGGGUCAUUGCCGGGCGCGAGCUGGCCAUUGUGCGCGCCGUAG